AUGCCGAGGCUGAUUGACGGCAGAGACCAGGACAAGCUCGAAGAACCGUUCUUCGACGACGUAGCGGCAAUGGGUCCAUCCGGGUACAUCUCAUCAGCCAUCUCGCGGGCCGUCGAGGGGCGCGCGAUGCCGUUAUCUCCGGGAGGCCAACGCGCCGGAAUUAAGGCCCCAGACGUCGCAACAGGCACGAUUUGCGGAAAGGCACGAGCCGUAAAGCUUCGACGUGCCGGACACCCAGCAACCGAGCCCGCGCUCGAGGCAAUAGGAACACUUAGGCAUCAGGAUGCCGAGAGAAGCCGAAGUGUCGACGACACGACGGCGGCGCUGAGUGCUGGAGCCGCUACGCUUCUUCUGCACAUGCCACUUUCAACGCGCAUUGCACCACGAAACGCGCAUCGCAAGGACCAUACAAACCCGGCCCGUUUUCCUUCAAGUCACCUUGCAUUGCCAUCACCCGAUCCCACCUGCCACGAGUCCCGAUGGCAGCACCUCUGGCCAACAUGGACCGCGAGAGAUUCGAGCAUAUCGAGGACAAGGCAUCGCAGCAGCUCAGCUUCGACAACCCGACGCAUACAUCGCUCGUCGGCACCGGCGGUGACUAUGUUUGACGGCAUCAGCACGCUGCCCAGCAAGGUCGCUAUAUAUGAAGAAUACAGCCUGCGAGACGACGAGGAGAGGCGGGUGUGGAUUGACCGCCUGAUUGCCGCUAUCGAAGCCUACCUCACGAGCGUCGGCGAUCGUGUCGACAUCCCGUUUUACGACGAUCUGAUCUUUGGUGACACAGACGGCGCUCAGUCUAGCACGCUCCGCGUUGCGUGGGCCGGGGCGUUUGCGGCGCCGCUGGGAAGCACACGUCGCUGUUCGGCUGCUUAUAGAUCACGCUAA